UGGAGCUGGCCUAGGAGAGGAGCCGAGCCCUCCCAGGACCCUCAGGCCACCUCCUUCCUGCGCUCCCACUGCCAGACCUCCAGAGAGGAGAGACCCAGGACACUCAGCCCCAGAUCCCCCAGCCUCAGGAUGGCGUCCUCCCUGCUUGAGGAGGAAGCUCACUAUGGCUCCAGUCCCCUGGCCAUGCUGACAGCAGCGUGCAGCAAAUUUGGUGGCUCCAGCCCUCUGCGGGACUCAACGACACUGGGCAAAGCAGGCACAAAGAAGCCAUACUCUGUGGGCAGUGAUCUUUCAGCCCCCAAAACCAUGGGGGAUGCUUACCCAGCCCCCUUUUCAAGCACCAAUGGGCUCCUCUCACCUGCAGGCAGUCCUCCAGCACCCACCUCGGGCUAUGCCAAUGACUACCCUCCCUUUUCUCACUCAUUCCCUGGGCCCACGGGCACCCAGGACCCUGGGCUACUAGUGCCCAAGGGGCACAGCUCUUCUGACUGCCUGCCCAGUGUCUACACUUCUCUGGACAUGGCACACCCCUACGGCUCCUGGUACAAGGCAGGCAUCCAUGCAGGCAUCUCACCAGGCCCAGGCAAUGCUCCUACACCUUGGUGGGACAUGCACCCUGGGGGCAACUGGCUAGGUGGUGGGCAGGGCCAGGGUGAUGGGCUGCAAGGGACACUGCCCACAGGUCCUGCUCAGCCUCCAUUGAACGCCCAGCUACCCACCUACCCAUCUGACUUUGCCCCCCUUAAUCCAGCCCCCUACCCAGCUCCCCACCUCCUGCAACCAGGGCCCCAGCAUGUCUUACCCCAAGAUGUCUAUAAACCCAAAGCAGUGGGCAAUAGUGGGCAGCUGGAGGGGAGUGGUGGAGCCAAACCCCCUCGGGGAGCAGGCACAGGGGGCAGUGGUGGAUAUGGGGGCAGUGGAGCAGGGCGCUCCUCCUGUGACUGCCCCAACUGCCAGGAGCUAGAGCGCCUGGGGGCAGCAGCAGCUGGGCUGCGGAAGAAGCCCAUCCACAGCUGCCAUAUCCCUGGCUGCGGCAAGGUGUAUGGCAAGGCCUCACACCUGAAGGCCCACUUGCGCUGGCACACGGGAGAGAGGCCCUUCGUCUGCAACUGGCUCUUCUGCGGCAAGAGGUUCACCCGUUCGGACGAGUUGGAACGCCACGUGCGCACUCACACCCGAGAGAAAAAGUUCACCUGCCUGCUCUGCUCCAAGCGCUUUACCAGGAGCGACCACCUGAGCAAACACCAACGCACCCAUGGCGAGCCAGGCCCAGGCCCUCCACCCAGUGGCCCCAAAGAGCUGGGGGAGGGUCGCAGCACUGGGGAAGAGGAGGCCAGUCAGACGCCCCGACCUUCAGCCUCUCCAGCACCCCCAGAGAAAGCUCCUGAAGGCAGCCCGGAGCAGAGCAACCUGCUGGAGAUCUGAGCUGGGUUGAGGGUGCUUGCCAGCCUCUCCUGGCUCCGUGGACCACUGCUUGCCCCUCACUCCCUUUGCCCCAUGCAUGUUGCCCUUUGGGGAGCUCAUUCAUCUCUCUCCCCUGGCCAUUCUGGGCCUGGGUGUCUUCCUGCAUGCCUCCUCAAGCUCACCAUUUCCCCUUGCCAUUAGCCCAUUCCGCAAACUCUCAUCUUAGGCCCUCACGUUGUACUUGAUUUCUGCACUCUGGUUUCCUAAACUCUUCCUUGGCCCUGCUCACAGCUUCUCUCUCCUCUGCUUUUACCACCCCAAUCCACUUUUUUUCCAUUUGGGCUCCCAACGUUUUAUUUCUCCAUCUCACUAAGUCUUUGACAUGCAUCUUUACUGCUUCCAAAGCUUAUUUACCACUAUCCCUUAGCUUCCAGGCUUCAGUCUUACCAACUUUUUAUUCCACUGCUUUCCAUGACUCAGAGCAUACUUUUUACAAACACAAUGAUGAUGAUGAUGAUGAUGAUGAUGAUGAUAAUUUAUUGCCCCCUGGUGGCCUCUUCAUUAGGGAUCGUAUUUAGGGGGAUUGGGGUUAGUGACCUGGCAGGGAGCAGGGUGCCAAAAGGGGGGCAGACCAGUGGGGAUCUGAUCCCAAAGAUGGGGUGACCCCCAGGGUCAGGGAGGCUGCCCCCAGGCUUGUAUAUUUAACCCCUAUGUUCCAAGAGAAAUGAAUAGUAAUAAUAAUAAUUCUAUUUAUCUAAGUUAUGAUGACAGGUCAGGUAGAGUGAGUUGGGGAGGGAAUGAGGUCCAUUUCUGCUAUGGAAAUUUUAGACAAGUGCAUUUCUGUAUCCAGAAAAAGUUUUACUGGAGAUCUUGUUAACAGAAUUUCUAUCAUCAGGGUCUCAGUUAACGGGGUAUCUCUUGUAAUGGAAUCUCUGCUAACAGGGUUGAUUAGCUAGAUCUCUGUAAAAGAGUUGAUGGGGUCUCUCUCAGUUAGGGGGUCCCUAAUAUUCCCACCCCCAGCCAGAAGCUGUGAAACCUCAAGUCCUGUGGAGGGGAGGACUGGAAUGUACCCCAGCCCCCUCGACCACAGAACAGGUUCUUCCACUGCCCCUUCCUGACACCAUGACCCUAUCAGGCUAAUCCCUUGUUGCCAUGGUUAUGGAGAGCUUGCCAUAUUAGGCGUUUUGGGGAAGCCCACCUAACAGAAGGAGGACAAUGGUUUGGAGGUGCCUCUCCUGAAAAAUAGGUGGGGAAGGCUUUCUCUGGGAUCAGAUUCAAAUAAAUCAAGUAUUUAUUGAGUGCCUACUCUGUGCAAGGCACUGUGCAAGGCUGGUGCCUAUAAGCCAUGAGAAAGAAUUUAUAGAGCACAGAGGUCCCCAAGCUGACUUGGGUGCACACACAGGCCCCCAACCUGAGACUUCCGAUACUCCCAACUCCACCUCCAGUGACUUUUAAAGCCGCUUCGUGCCUUUGAAUGCCUUUCCUGUGACUUUGGAUCCUCCUUUUCUGUCUCCUGCUCCCUCAAGGCCCCGAGUAAAAGGGUUAAAGCCGCUGGGGCUUGGGGAGAGGGUAAUAUUAUGGAAGGGAAGGAAUCAUGUCCUCAUGGAGUCUUUUUUUUUUUUAAUUUAAUAAAUAAAAGUUCGAUUUUAAAGUUUGUCCUGGUGAGAAAAUGGGAAGAGGAAGGGAGAAGGGUGAGCCACAGGAUUUUCCCUUGGCAAACUGGGGACUCCCCAUGGGCAUUCUAUAGUGCCCGUUUGCACAUUAUGUGCGCGGUAGAAUACUUCCUCGGCCAGGCCCUCCAGAGGAGUUCGGUUUUUGACUGCGUAGAGCUCUCUGCAGAGUUGGGAAGACAGAGAGGUUUCUUCCCUGGCUUUCUCGGAUUCCGCACCAACGGACCCUGGCUGACCAGGGAGGAGCGUUGGCCCCGCAGGCGCAGCGCGAACUACUCCGCGGCCCUAGCCCGGGCGAGGGGCGGCUCCCGGCGGGCAGCCCCAGCCUGGCACGUAACCCGCCCCCUGCCCGGGCCUGCAAUCAGUCGUGCCCGCCACGGAGUUAGCGGAGGAACAAAAGCCACUCUGUGGCGGCCAUCCCCUAGCCACAAUAGGGCUUUGUGCGGCCCCCUCCCCCUAAGGCUCCCCCGCUGGGCUGAGGGGGCGCACCAGCCGCGCCCCCCGGCCUGGACCCAACUGCCGGCGGCAUCUCGGCCCACGGUCCCCCUCGCGGGCUCGGGAACGGCUCUGCGGCGCCAGAACUGGGGAAAGGGGGCGGCGAGUCCGUGGCGGCGAGCCGAGCGGACUCGGGGCGUUAGCCCCCUCCCCACUCUGCCGCCCUCCCGCCCCCGGCCAGUUCACAUUACAGAGUAAGAGGCAGGCACCCGCACAAUAAUUAUAGCACAACCUGUUGGUGAUAAUCAGGCUUCAUCAAAUGGAGGUGGAAGUGGCAAACCCAGCCUUAGUGAUUUCUUGGAGGUGUCUGGAGUUGGAUGGUGUCAUGACUUGAGCCUCCUGUGACUUCC